AGCAGGUGCUAAUCUGACUUGAGGGCCGGGUAAUUCGUGUGACUUUUUUCCCAAUUUUCUGAAUUAUUUACAAUGAACGCGGAAGAGAUUUCACUAAAGGAUAAAUUGAGGAGACACUACCAUGAUCGUGAUCGAUUUAAGUUGAAGCCAUCUUAUUCAAACUACGCUGGAAUGACCUACUUCUGGUUCAUGAAUAUCACCGUUCUAAUGACAAGCCAUUUCAUCGUCAUCCCCGCUAUUUUGGAUGCAUCGCAAGUUAUGCAAGGUAUCAUAAUUGCCUGGGCGUUAUUUACAGAGGUCACAAUUAACUGGAUUUUGGCUUCAAAGAAAAAUGCAUCCACAGUGACUCAGGAAAUAUCAGAAAAGCAACCUCAACCUUCGAACACCAGUUACAAUAGUUUUGGGUGGAAGAAAUGCAUUAAAUGUCAGAUGAAUAGCCCGCCCAGGGCUAAUCACUGUUCUCUAUGCGGAGCAUGCAUCCUUAAGCGAGACCUCCACUGCUUUGUGACUGGAAACUGUCUAGGUUUUCAUAACCAAAGAUAUUUCAUAGUUAUGCUUUUCUAUAUCGUCGUUGGACUAACUUAUGCAGGAGUGCUGAAUGUAUUAUACAUGAAUAGCAUCUAUCCUAUUGGAUCAGAAUUUGUGAAUUAUAUCCCAUUUAUAACCCCGUGGAAAGUUUACCAGGGAGAAGUGAAUUUGCUCUUUGUUUGGUUGCUCUUCCUAUUUUAUUGCAGCAUUUGUUCUGUUGGAGUUGCUGGGUUCUUUUUGCUUUGGGAAAUCACUGUGGUAUAUCGGGGACAGACAACUGGAGAAGCAUGGAAAAGAAUCAGAUUCUACAAGUCACCUCAUAUUUUACAGCAUAUCCGUGUUGUGUUUGGACCUUAUUGGAUCCUGAAUUUCAUUAUUCCUCUUCCCACCAGUCUUCCAGGGGAUGGCUUACACUGGGAAAUUAACCCAAACCUUAAGGUGCAUUGAGUCAUUCAAUCUAAAUAAUCUGAUGAACACGGGUGUGAAUUAUCUCUCUGCAAACUAUGCUUUCCUUAUUUAUUUAUUAUUAUUAUUACAUCUAUGUAGAUUAAAGCACUUAAUACCAUAUUUGUUGUGUGAGGAGCUGAAAUUACAGUGUGCAAUUUUUACAAGCAACAGUUACGAAAUAAGCUGGUGGAUAUAGAUUUUAGUCACUGAAUUUUCAGAAAGAUGGGAGUUCAUUUUUGAAUGGUGUCUAUCAUAUCAAUGACUCAGAUUUAAACAUGAAUAAGCAAAGCUGAUUAAAUCAUUGAUAUGCAUUCAGCAAAUGUGAGCUUCAAAAGUUUUCCCUAGUAACCUACAUUCAAGUACACUAUAUAGUAGUAGCUGGAAGAAAUUUUGUAUUUAAGGCAGUAAAAUAAAUAAUAAGUAAUACAUAAGUAGGCCUAUAUAUUUGAUAA